UAUUUGUUGUAAAUGUACGUGUCAAGUGUCAUGUCUCUUUCCCUGUCGCUUUGCCAUCAUAAUAUGUAUUUUUUUGAUAAAGUUAUUCAGUUUGGCCUAUAAACAAAGAAUUAUGACGGCAAGAUAAAUUACAAAACUUUUAGUUGAUCAACUUCCUUACUUAAUAACCACUGUUUCAAAGAUUCAACUUUAAGUCUGGGCUCAAAGUUCAUUUGGGGAGGGCAAGAUUUGGCUCAGGAUUUCCGACCAAAAUUUAACAGAAAAGAUGGCUGUUGCGAAGAGGAAAGUUUGUCUAAUUGUCAUUGAUGGAUGGGGUGUGAGCGAAAACACAGAAGGUAAUGCCAUUUACCAUGCAAACACACCAGUCAUGGAUGCAUUUGAGAAGAACCCAGACCAGUACCUAACUCUGGAUGCAUCAGGCUUGGCGGUAGGACUACCAGAUGGGCUUAUGGGUAACAGUGAAGUUGGCCACUUAAAUAUUGGUGCAGGGAGAGCAAUUUAUCAGGACAUUGUUAGGAUAAACAAAGCUGUCUACGAAAAGACUCUUAUACAUAAUAAGAACCUCAUUGCUGCUUGUACCAGGGCAAGAAUGGGAAAUGGUCGUCUUCAUUUUCUUGGUCUUGUAAGUGAUGGUGGAGUUCAUGCUCAUAUUGAUCAUCUGUUUGCAUUGAUGGAGUGUGCAAAAGAGCUAGGAGUCCCAGAAACAUUCAUUCAAUUUUUUGCUGAUGGCCGAGAUACCAGGCCCACAAGUGGAGUUACCUAUGUGCAGCAAGUUUUGGAUAAAAUAGCAGAACUUAAAUAUGGGUCGCUUGCAUUAAUUGUGGGUCGUUAUUACGCCAUGGAUCGUGAUAAAAGAUAUGAGAGAAUCAAGAUUGCUUAUGAAGGAAUAGUUGAAGGCAUUGGUGAAGAGGCAUCUGCAGACACUGUUAUUGAUGUUAUAAAGAAGCGUUAUGAAGCCAAAGGAAAUGAACGUCAAACUGAUGAAUUUCUCAAACCUAUAAUAGUUGAUCCCGAUGGACGUGUAAGAGAUAAUGAUACUUUGAUAUUCAUUGAUUAUCGGUCUGAUCGGAUGCGACAGAUCUCUGAAGCCUUUGGAAUAAAACCUCAAUUUGAGACAACCAAGAUACCUAAAGACAUUAGUGUAUAUGUAAUGACUCAGUAUAAGAAGGAGUAUCCAUUUCCAAUAUUAUUUCCUCCUGAAGUUCCUAAAAAUGUUCUUGCUGAAUGUUUGGCAUUGAAUGGCGUUCCUCAAUAUCAUGUUGCAGAAACAGAGAAAUAUGCGCAUGUGACAUUUUUCUUCAAUGGUGGUCAAGAAGCACAGUUUGAUGGUGAAGAUAGAAAGUUGGUACCCUCACCAAAGGUUGCCACCUAUGACUUACAACCUGAAAUGAGCUGUGAGGGAGUUGGAGAAGAGGUUUGUGCUGGUAUUCGCUGUGGUAAAUAUCCAUUCGUCAUGUGUAACUUUGCUGCCCCAGAUAUGGUUGGACACACAGGAGCAUAUGAGCCUGCUAUCAUAGCUUGUUCUGCUACAGAUUUAGCUAUUGGUAAGAUUAAAGCAGCUUGUGAAGAAAAUGGCUAUAUUCUAUUUAUUACUGCUGAUCAUGGUAAUGCUGAGAAGAUGUUCAGUGAACAAGGUGGCCCACACACAGCACAUACAACUUAUAGAGUACCACUGAUUAUGUACAAUACAAAUUUAAAGUUAGCUUGCCCUAAUGGUUAUAAUGCUGCUUUAUGUGAUGUUGCCACAACAAUACUUGAUGUUAUGGGUAUUGAACAACCACCGCAGAUGACUGGUCGUUCUCUAAUCUCAAAAUAUAUCUGAGUUAAUGAAUAUAAUUAUGUAGAUAUAUCGAUAUAGAAUUCCUGCUUUUAGAAAGCUGCAAACAUUAUUUUUCUUUUGACUUUUGAUGAGUCAUUGCAUAUAUGGCACGUGACCUUGUAUGGGCCAACGGAAGUGGCGUAAUUAAUCAUAAUAAAUAUUUUUAUUAUUGAUCAAAUGCGAAAUGUACAAAUAUUUUUGAAAAUUACAUAUUUAAAGUCUAUUUCACUUAGAAA